CCAUUAUUCUUUUAAGGCAUCCUCACGAGGCAGAUAGCGAAGUAUGCAGGAGAAAAUCCAGCCGCAGUGGGGGGAGCAUGAUGGAAACAGGUGGGGUGGUGUGUGGCAGCCACCAUUGAUUGGCCUGCCUUACUGAUGUUUCGAGAAACCACCGUUUCCGGGUUUACGACCUGUUGGUUCGCCUGUUUGGCGCUGUGAAAUAACCCUGUACCAACAGAUGCAAGCUACCGCCGCUACGCAUACUUAGUGGCAGUGGCUGGGAAAAGCGUCAUGCCAAUGCCUGGUCGGUUGGAGGCAGCCAGCCUUGGCCACUGACCAACCAAACGUUCCCAGCCAGAAGUAAAAGGGCGUUUCUCCUCGAGCAGCCGGCUUCUUUCUUCAAAAGUUCAAACAUGCAAAUGUCCAUCGUCUUUCUACCCCACGGCCUCCUCCCAUACGGCCUCCAACAUGAGCAGACCAGAUUGUGGGUUCGAUAAGCAGCUCGCUGCAGACCUCAAGUCUCAGGUUCUACAGCACCUGAAGGACAGCUUAAGCGCCCAGCUGCAGCGGGAAUGCGAAUCGCGUGAGCUGGUCAUCAAGGAGGCAUGGAAGACCAUCCAAAAGCAGAUGGCAUCCCUCGAGGCCAGAAGGGAGGUCAUCCUCGCGACUCUACGCCACACCGAGGGCGAGGAGCGUGCCCAGGAAGUCAUCCGUUCUGGCGUCCUCGACAAAGUGGUACCGCCUACGUACAAGGCCAUGGUGGAAAUGAUACGGAACGGCGAGGAUCCGAAAGAGUACCCCACGCCUCUGACCUCUCCCGGCACCACGCUUGUGGCCAACUUGAAGCCUAGAACGCCAACGCCAACGCCCACCCUAAAGGCGGGGGUAACCAAGGCUGGGGCAUCCAACGCUGGGACACCCAAUGCUAAGCCGGCAGACCUCGUUCUCCAUUCCCCGACCCCGGCUCCUGCUGUCGAACGCCGGCCUGCGGUCCUGCCAAAAUCUCCUGAAAGCCCCAAGGCACAUUUUGCUAAGCGUUCUCGACCGCUAAAUCACCACGUGGAACGGACCCCGAAGAAGGCCAAGACGGCGACAGCGACAGCAACAGCGACAGCGACAGCGACAGCCGAGGCGGUCCAGGCCCAGGCCCAGAUCCAGGCACAGCCCCAGACCAAGACCAAGAACGGCUGGGUGGACGCGUGGGAGGUGGAAGGGAUCGAGUACAUCUUCCAGUACCCCCCGUUCGGGCCAGGAUGGUUCGUGCUCCGAUGCGACCUCGGGCCGUACGCCAGGCCCCAUACCUUCACCUCGCACCCGUUCCGGGCGGAGCUCGCGCUGGAGCACUACAACAGCUGCAAAACCUGCAAGGGGCACGACUCGUCCAAGACGUACGAGCCGAAUGAUAUUGUCAUGAACUAUGGACACAGAGUCCGCGGGGAUUAUCUGGAUGACGAAUGGGUUUCGUCGGCCAAUAGUCGGCUGCAGGCUGAAAAUGCAAAGGUGACUGGGACGAAGGGAAGGUUGAAAAAGCAGUCGGACGUAGACAACAGGGUAGCAACGGAUCCUUGAGGUGCUUUUUGAUAAUCGAGGCAACUCGGUAACAUCGAAGCAAGAUCCAGAGUCUCAAUCAGCAGCUAACUGUUGUCGGCUAAGAUUUGUACAAGCCUUGAAAAACGUUAUAGGGUAGUUACAAGAUAAUAUCGACCUUCGGCUAAACCGCCCCAUGCACUCCUGAGAUGAGCUGCUGUAGCCCGAGUUAGGUAGCUCUUAGCUGGGUCGUAUCGACUCCUUGCUCCCGGACCGUCGUGCGGAAGGAGCGGCG